CAAGACACAUUUAUUAGAAAGAGAUUGUAAUGGACUAUAUAAGAGUCAACCAGAAGUCGGAGACAAAUAUUGUAAGUCGGUUUAUGAGCACAAGUACUUAUAUGUUUGAUAAAAUGCUGAAUGAUAUGAAAUUUCGCAAAUAUCCAAAGAAUGAGGAAGAAGUUAUUUUACAACAAAGUCCCCCACGAAUUUGAGGAGGAUGAAAGUGACAUCGCCGACAUCGAUGAAGAGGAGGAGGAGGAUGAGGAUAAUGAUGAUGAUGAUGAUGAUGAUGAUGAUGAUGAUGAUGAUGAUGAUGAUGAUGAUAAUGAACAGUUGACCAAUGAAGAGAAAAACAAUAUCGAAAUCAUCGACAUCUCCAACAACGAUGAAGAGGAGGAGGAGGAUGAAACAAUCAUUAUCGAUGAUGGCGACAAUAAUAUUGAAAUCAUCGACAUCUCCGACAACGAUGAGGCGGAGGAAGGUGACAUCAUUGUCAUUAAUUUAAAUUGA